AUGGUUUUAUGUAUGCUGCUAUAUUAUCUUAGAUAGUAAAUAAUAAGGUGGAUAUGAUUAAUGGCUCUCUAACUAGAAACUUCUCUUCUGUAGAUUUAUUAUUGUGUCGUUAGGCUUAUCAGGUGCAUUUUAUCAGCAUCAUUGAAGACAGUGCAUCGCAUAGGAUAAAUCAAUUGGCCAAAGGAAGCAGAAGAGUUUUCCUCUUGAAGCCCAAGAUUUAAUUAUAAAAAUUAUCACUCAUAUACCAAUAUAUUUUUUAUCCAAUAAUUUUUGCUUACUAAAGAGGGUAAUAAGUUUUUUUUUUCCAAUAUUUUUGCUUUCCACAAAGGGAUUAAUUAAAUAAAAAUGCUAUUUUAUCUAUGGCCUUGGUUUACUUUAUUCUUUGUAGUCUACCAUUUAAUUUUUAGCACUUGGUGAGCCUUAAGUGUCUCUAUUGGAAUCGCAAUUUCCUUAUUGAACUUGGAAAUUAUGAUGAAUAUGGAUAAAUGAAUAAAUAAUCGGUUUAUUCAGCUUUUGCUUCUGUGCUUUUCUAUAUCAGUUUCAUACUCCUUAUUUAAUGACUUCCUCCAUGAAGGACCAGAAAAAAUAUUUGAACAGGUGAAACAAAAUUUAAUAAAUUUUAACUUAACUUAA